AUGGCCCACGUCUUGAAUGGCUACAAGAUUCCACAGCUUUACUACUUUCUGAGAAACACCCGUUUUAAUAACAGUGUGGGAGAUGAAAUCUUUUUUGAUGAGAAAGGGAACUUUGACCCUGGAUAUGACAUCUUCAACAUGGUCACUUUCCACAACAAAUCCUUCCAGAGAGUUCAGAUUGGAAGGAUGGUCUCCAAAGGCCCAGAUGGGAAGAAAUUCAUCAUCAAUGAAAGUGCCAUUGUGUGGAAUCACAAAUUUCAGCAGCUCGGAUAUAGCUUCUUUGACCUAGUCCUGAGUGACAAAACUCGCUUCCCUUCCUUCUUCAGCAUGGUUCCCAAUGAGAAUUUGCAAUAUGAGGGGAUUGUCCAUUUACUGAAGCAUUUUGGAUGGAACUGGAUUGGCCUUUUGGGAAGGCUUCAUUACUUUCUGAGAAAUACCUCUUUUAAUAACAGUGCCGGAGAUGAAAUCUUUUUUGAUGAGAAGGGGAACUUUGACCCUGGAUAUGACAUCUUCAACAUGGUCACUUUCCCCAAUCAGUCCUUCCGGAGAGUCCGGAUUGGAAGCAUUUACUCCAAAGCCGCCAAUGGGAAAAAGUUCACCAUCAGUGGAAGUGCCAUUGUAUGGAAUCACAAAUUUCAUCAGGUACCUCCUCAUGCCAGAUGUGUUGAGAGUUGCCACCAAGGGUACAGCAAAGUGGUUCAGGAGGGGAGACCACCUUGUUGCUACAAAUGCAUCAAAUGCCCUGAUGGAAGAAUUUCAGUCCAAAUUGAUGCAGACCAGUGUGAGAGAUGCCCAGAAGAUCAUUAUUCCAAUGCAGAAAAAGACCAGUGUCUUCCCAAAAGUUUCAACUAUUUAACCUUUGGUGAACCCUUGGGAGUCAUUCUGACUUCCUUGGUUCUUUUCUUUUCUGCAACCCUCCUUUUAGUGGCAGUGACCUUCAUUCUGCACUGGGACACCCCCAUUNNCAAAGCCAACAACAGGAACAUCACAUGCAUCCUUCUUUCUUCUCUCCUCCUUUGCUUUCUCUGCUCCCUGCUGUUUUUUGGUUGGCCUGGAGAAAUCACUUGCGUUCUCAGGCAAACAAUAUUUGGCACCAUUUUCUCCAUCUCAGUUUCCUGUGUCUUGGCCAAAACCAUCACCGUAGUUCUGGCUUUCCUCGCCACCAAACCAGGAAAUCGGAUGAGGAAGUGGCUAGGGAAAAGACUGGCAGGAUCCGUCAUUGUCCUUUGCUCCCUCAUUCAAGCUCUUAUCUGCGUAGUAUGGUUGGUCACAUCUCCUCCUUUCCCAGAGUUGGACAUGCACUCCCAGACUGAUAAGAUCAUUAUGCAAUGUAAUGAAGGCUCAGAUCUCAUGUUUUAUAUUGUCCUUGGCUACUUGGGGCUGCUGGCCACCAUCAGUUUCACUGUGGCUUUCUUUGCUAGGAAGCUGCCUGAUACAUUCAAUGAAGCCAAGUUGAUCACCUUCAGCAUGCUUGUGUUUUGCAGCAUUUGGGUGUCCUUCAUCCCAGCCUACCUGAGCACCAAGGGAAAAUACAUGGUGGCUGUGGAGAUCUUCUCCAUUUUGGCUUCUACUGCAGGUUUACUGGACUGCAUCUUUUUCCCCAAAUGCUACAUUAUGCUGUGGAGCCCACAUCUAAACACAAAAGAACAUUUGACCAGGAGGAUAGCUUAA